AUGGCCCCUGUUGCGUACGAUGCUAAUGCUGGUGACCUAAAUAUGGACGAAAUCAAUGCUCCGACAAAAACAACAACGGAAUCACCAUCUCUAGAUAGUAUUAUUCGACAAUGUGGUGAUCUUGGACUUUACCAGUGGAUGCAUAUUUUCUUUCUAAAUCUGAUUUCUAUGAGUGCUGGAAUAGUUGCUUUCUACUAUGUGUUCGGUGCAGCUGAACCUCUUCAUCGAUGUCAAUUACCAUCAUCCGUAUGGCCACAUGAUACGCAUUAUUACUCAGUCAAUCAAACGCAUCAAGAUUUGAUCAAUACUUAUAUUCCAAAAGACAAAGAUGACAAAUUGGAUAAAUGCAUGCGUUAUACAACAGUUAAUCGGAGCCGAAUAUUAGUCAAUUGUCCGAACGGUUGGGCUUACGAUCGAUCUGUUUUCGGUUAUACAUUCACUGAAGAGGCUGAUCUUGUUUGUCGGAGUGAACCAAGGAAGAGUUGGUUGUCGACAUUGAUGCAAACAGGUGGUUUCUCAUUGGUUAUAAUCGGAACUUUAGGUGAUAAAUUCGGACGAAAGCGAACGACAGCUAUAACAACAGUUUUCCUAUUCGUAUUGUGUAUUAUGACACAAAUUUUCAUGCAAUGGAUUCCAAUGACAGUGAAUGUAAAAUUCGGCCUGCUGCUGGUGAACCAAUUGAUUUCUGGUCUAACAGUCGCAACCUACAGUAUGGCUUUCAUUCUGAUGAUUGAAUUAACAUCAGCAGCACAUACAAGUCUUGUGGGAAACACCGCACUAACUGCAUUUACAAUCGGAGAGGGUGUCCUUACGCUUUUUGCUUAUCUCACAGUCGAUUGGCAAAAAUUGAAAUGGGCUAGUACGGCUUUUAUUGGUGUUAUUCUACCCUAUCUCUACUUUAUGCCAGAAACACCGCUCUAUCUUUAUUCGAAACGGCAAUACACGGCACUCGAAACAGUUUUACGCCAAAUUGCAACGCGAAAUAAACGAAAGGAAAUCGACUGGUAUCCAUCGUAUCAAGAGUUUGUACACAAUCAAUCACUCAAUGAAGUUAACCUUGAAUCUAAGACAUCGUUUUCCAAACAAGUUCGCCAACUAUUUUCUCACAAAUCCAGUAUCAUCAAGUUAUUAAUCACCUGUCUUCUUGGUUUCACGACAUACAUGCUCUACUAUGAAAUCAGCUAUGACCUGGAAGUCAUCAACAUAUCACCAUAUCUUGGAGUCCUUAUUGGAGCUGUCGUUGAAGCGAUUGGUUAUGUAUCUGGUUCUGCUCUUAUUGUCACACGACUUGGUCGAAAAGGUACCUUCGUCAUAAUGAUGAGUCUAACGGCGAUUUGUAUUCUCAUCAUACCUUUCAUUGUUAAACAUAGUGCAAUCGGUACUGUGCUCGUGACACAAUUAGGAAAAUAUGCGGUAUCGGGAGCGAUUGCUGUUUCUUGGAUUUUCGUUCCGGAACUUUUUCAAACUUCAAUCCGAAGCACUGCAAAUGGACUCUUUAUUACUUUUAGUCAUCUUGGUGCUAUUAUUGCACCAGUAAUCAACACUUCCAUUAGUGACGAAUAUCUAUCGAUAUCGUUCUAUAUCUCAUCAGCGCUAGCCGUAGUCGUUCUUUUGUUAACGCUGAUUUUACCCGAGACAAAAGAUAAAUCGAUGGAUGUGGAACAAGAUUAG